AUGCUAGGAGUUGAGGGGCAGAGGUUUCAUACCUUUGUUGACACAGGAAGCCAGGUUACAUUGAUGGAGAAGGAAGCUGUGGGACGGUUGUCACCUCGCAGAAGGCAUGUUGCAGCUAGAGGACUUAGGGGAGUCUCAGGAAAGGAACUUGUUACAGAGGAAAUGGAUACAGCUCAGCAUGCAGUAACCCAUCUUGGACCCAAAAGUAAGACUGUUUGCCCAGCCCAUUCAGGAAUCUAUGUACCAUGCAGUAUUUCCCCAAGCCUCGAUGGAAAGUCUGUGCUAGUAACUGGAAACGCAUCAAAAUUAGAGGUGCCACGGACUUUGGUGACUCCAGUGAAGGGAGUGUGCUCUAUUUUUGUUGUCAACUUCAGUGCAAAGCCAGUUCUACUUAAGAAUGGAGCUCACUUCUGUACUGCUGAGGAAGUACAUGUGUUGCCUGACCUUGAUCAAGAUACCUGUGUCCUCUUACUGGCCCUGAAGAUGAUGACUUGGCAGAAAUUUGUCCAGUGUUACCCUAGUGAUACUGUUGCAAGAAUUGAUGCUGCUUUGCAGGAGAGUCCCAUUGCUGAGUUUGGUUUAGUUCCAGGAGUUACUCACAAGAUCGUUACAGGUGACACGCAACCCAUCUGUACUCGACAAUGGAGGCUGCCUGAAUCGGCUAAGCAGAAGAUAAGGGAGGAGUGUGACCAGAUGCUGUCUGCAGGGAUAAUAGAGCCUUCGACACCACCUUGGCUCGCACCUGUAGUUCUUGUAAGAAAGAAGGAUAACAGCAUGCGGUUUUGUGUAGAUUAUCGCAACCUCAAUGCGGUCACAGUUGCUGACUCGUAUCCACUACCCAGAAUGGAUGAGUUGGUUGAUGAACUCCGUGAUAUCCAAGUAUUCUCCCUCCUUGACAGCAGGUCUACUUAUUGGUCUGUCCCUGUAGAACCUGCUGACAGGCCGAAAACCGCUUUUAGUGAUGGAUACCGCCUUCUUCAGUUUCGACAAAUGCCAUUUGGACUGCUCCUACAACUUUCCAGAGAACGAUGA